AUGUCUAGUCCAGAUCCUUUAUCCCUCGUCGCGCUCAUCGUAUCUCUGGUCGCGCUCAUCCUUACUCUUCUCCAGGUGGCCCAACAAUUCGUAGCUACAGCUUCCGACUACCGCCAUUGCUCUCAACGAACAUUAGGCGGGUGGCACAAACGAAGCCGGCGCCAGUUCAUUUGGAACGAACUACGCUUCGAAGUGCAUUUCACUGUUCCUAUUAUCCGUGUUAGUAUCCCACCUUCCGAUAGUACAGGUGGAGAAGACAUAUACACUGUACCUACCACUUCAACCGUGACAGAAAAGAAGUCGCCUUCAGCACUUGAAUCUUCGACAAGUGGAGCACAGUACAUCCUUCAUACCCCAGAAGGGAAUGAAAUCUACACUUCAUCCCAAACUCCGUGGUUCCUUGACCUCAAGGGAACGCGCAUCGAAGCAAAAUGUACUUGGCUCUCUGUCCUGAACGACACAGCCAUUGCAAACCUGCAAAUCGGUAUUGAUGAGCUUACGCUCUCGUACGACUUCAUGCCCGACGGAAUCAAGAAACCUCUUGCGCAAAUGGAUCGGAAGUCGUUCUUGACGUUGAUGUCCCUCUUCCAGGUAUCAUGGCAGGAGGGAUGGGGCGGAGAAAAGGCCGAAUCUGGAGGAGGGAAAAAAAGCACUCCGACUGGUGCAGGCCCCUAUUGCGAGGUCACUUCGCGUUAUCUUGCGAACUUUGGCCCCGUUAUCUCCUACCAACCUUCCAAUUUCCUACCAACGAGGAGGUUCUACAUUGCUUCUGAGAAAGCCCGAUCAGCCAUGUUCAGUCGCUUCGAUUUAGGUUUCCACGUCGUUUUCAUACACACUGCUGAAGAGGCGUACAGGAGCGCGUUGGCCCUUGCUGACGAGAGCGCAGCGAGUACUGUUCGGGAUUAUUAUGACGCUAACAACGGCUGGUUGCCAGGCCUGGCAGAGGUAAUCGGAUGCUUUGCCGAACCAGAGAUGCCCAAAGCCAUUGAACACGGGUUGGACAGUUUCAUAUCAAUUUUCUCUGCUCGGUCUAUUGAUUGCACCCUACACGACCCUCCACUCGCCCAGCUUCUCGUCGGCGAGGAAAUAAAAAACUCAACUUCCAAUUCUAAAACAUUCGCCGAGUGGACGAUGGAUUAUACAUCAUCGCUCAAGGACGAGGUCAGAUUCCCGAAACUCCAGGCAGCCUUGAAGUUCGCUUGCAGGUAUUAUGGAACGGAGACCCACAGGCGUGAACCUAUCCCGUGGUCCGAAUCCCGAAGGUCCCUGGAUGUGAUAAAGUUGCUCGAUGAGAAGCUAAGCGUUCUCUGCCAAUUCCUUGCUCCCGGCCAGUCUGCGUUCUCAGUGCACCGCGAGUUCGCCCAACUGCAAAUCCGCUUUUUGUCCACGCUCUUCGACGACACGACUGCUCUCGCUCAGCCAUCCCGGGGCUUCUGGGUGGAUUUUAUUGGCGCUGUCGUUGCAGAAAAGUAUGUGGAGAUCUGUUCCAUUCUGCAGGAGAGAUUUCCAGAAAGUAAAGAAGCGGCGAGGCGCGGUUACGUCAUUAACAGGUUGAUGAGAGGCGUUCUUUGGCACGUCCAUAAUGGGAAUCACCCAUCAAAUGGGGGCGAUGAUGAGCGCCUGUUGGAAUGUUCGUUGAGUAGCCUUUGGCUUUCAGAUUCAUCGACUCUUUGGAUAGACUAG